AAAACGGUGUAACUAAAUCAUAGAAAACCUAUUAGUAUCCCAGCCUUAAUGCCUUGGGUGGAAUAUGCUCCCAGUCAUCAGCAGGAACCUUUUGUUUUCACCAACCCUUUUUUUCGUCUGUCUGUUUAUGAAAAGUACCAUGUUGGUUCUGUAGGUUAUGUUAGGAUAUAAAUUUGUAUUUUAAGUCGUUUCCAUGUUUAAUUCUUUAUGGGCUACGUUAUGUUUGCUUAUUUGUGAUACCUGUUUAGUGUGCUGCAUUGGUCCUUGUCCGUUGUUCAUUCAACUUUUUAAUUUCGGCUAAAGUAUUUUCACUAUUAUAAAAUGGCAAAAAUUGUGAAAAUUUUUGAAACUUUGCGCAAUAACUGGAAGAAAUCGGUGUUUGGAACAGUUGCCCUCGUCUAUGGAGUGGAUUACUUAAUGUAUUCCUAUGAAUCCCGUCAAAUGAUGAGAGCCUACUGUGAGGCAGCUAGAGAGAUCGGAGAAGCUCCGAUGCCAGUGGAUUGUAGACCCCGCCACAUCACUGUUAUUCUCAAUCCAGCCGCCAACAAGCGAAAAGCAAAAAAAGAGUUUGAAGAGUAUUGCGCUCCUUUAUUGUACCUUGCAGGAUUGAGUGUCAAUGUAGUAGUUACGGGGAAAGAAGGUCAAGCAAGAACAUUAAUUGAGAAAUUAGAGGAAGCAACAGAUGCCAUUGUCGUGGCAGGUGGUGAUGGGACUCUAUCCGAGGCAGUCACAGGUUUGUUAAGAAGAGAAGAUGGAACCAACGUCGCAAGAAAAAUGCCGUUGGGUGUUUUGCCGGUUGGCAAGACCAAUUCCAUAGCUAAACACCUGUUUUCUCAGAGUGCUGAUGACCGCAUUAAGCUUCUUGCUGAGGCAACAAUGGCAGUUAUUCUUGAAGCUUCCAAACCAUUGGAUGUUAUCAAGUUCCAAGUUCUCCCUACAGACGGUAAUGAAGGCGGGAAGCCUGUGUACGGCCUAGCUGGCUUGGAAUGGGGUGCCUUUAGGGAUACUAACGCCCGACGAGACAAGUAUUGGUACUUUGGAGGUCUCCGGGGCUACGCUGCAUACAUUUUUGCAGGUUUCAAGGGUGAGAAAACUAUCACAUGGAAUGUUCAGGCCAAUAUGGAAUAUAGUCCACCGUGUAAUGGCUGUUCCAACUGCUAUGAACAGAGACUAGACCUGCAUCCAGAUCAAGCUCAAAGUAAAUCCUGGUGGAGUGCAUUUGGAAAAAGGCAGCCAGGAUCUGUGGUUCCUACUGUUGACUAUAGAGGAAAAGUAAAUGAAGACUGCCGCACAGUUCGUAAGUUGGAUGUUGCUACUUCAGACUUUUCCCUUAUUUCUUCAAAUGUAUCCAAGGAACACAACAAAGUGCCUCAGCUCCAGGUAUCUUUUGGACCUGAACACGUAAGCUACAAUGAUUUUGUCAAAGAGGGAUGGCGAAGAGAAAAUGGUGAGGAUCCAUCAAGGCCUUGCAAAAUUUUGGCCAAAGAAGUUAAACUUUGGCCAGUCCAAGCAGUGAAGCAUCAAGACAAUGCUACAGCUAGUUCUACACAGGACAAUAUUCCUACUGGUCCAAAGGAUAUAGAAAAAUGGAUUUCUAUUGAUAAUGAAGACUAUGAAGUUAAGGCAGUUCAUGCUACACUACUGCCCAAUCUUGUUAAAAUGUUCUAUUCCCCACAUGUUAUAAUAAAGUGAUAUAUUAAUAGUU